AGAGCACAAGGUACACUGCCGAUCAAAAGCUGAAAAGGCGAUUUCCCAGGAAACCCAGGAAUUUGACAAUAAAAAUUCCUGAAAUGUCUUGGGUUUGGCUUCUAUGUGAACAUGCGCACUCAGUCUCAGAUAAAAUCACCAUUGAAAGGGUCGCGUAUCACGAAGUAAACUGUGUGGUUCUGAAUCACCAUUCAAAGGCAACGCGUACCACAUUCACCAUAUGAAUGGUGUGAUUGGUAAAAUGAUUUCCACCUUUUAAUGGGGUGAGUGUAGUCUAAUCGGGUGCACCAGCAUAUGGUAAAUUUAACUCAUGAGGUUGUGUUUCAUUCAUUAGUCUACAUCCCCUCUCUAACACGCUCUUCCUCAACCCUUCCCCCAUUUUACUGCUAGGAGCCAGGCAAGCAGUUGAGAGAGAGAAAUGGAGGACGAACCGAACGGCUCCGGGGAGUGGGCGUAUUGUUAGUUACACCAUUACGACACGACCAUAAACCUACAGCUCUGACGACCAAAAUAACUAAAAACACGUCAAGUGUUACUGCAGCAGCUCAUCAAAAUACACUGUCUGGAAGAUAAGAGAUUCUUGCAGACUAGGGGUGCGUUCGUAAAUUCACUCUGGAGUGCCAGAGCGUUAACAGAUUGUCCGUUCGUAAAAUUCAGAGCGUUUCGGCUCUCGGAGCGUUCAGAGCGCACACUGGACGACGAUUAGGGUUGACCCAGCGUUCAGACCUCACAACGGCCAUCAAGCACCCAAGAUAACGGGCUAAAGUUGGCUAGCUACUUCCAGACAAAAACGAGAACACCUCACUCUGACCAUUUCCCUCGCCCUAGCAGAGCUGUUCUCAUGUUAUCUAGAGCUUUGGCGUUCGUAAAUUCCUCAGUUUAUUCAACGCUCUGGCACUCAAACAAGAGUGUUCUGAAAUCGGAGUAGAUAGCCAGAGGGAAUUUAUACGAACACAACCUAGAUCUGACGAAUUUAUAUAUGAUCAUAACCUUCAUAAAGAGCUGCGAGUAACGGUCAGUUUGUAGCAGUUUGUAAACCAAAACACUGUAAAUAACACUAUCGAAUCGCUGGUCAUCUCGCUACAAUGUAACAACAUUUCAUCCAGGCUUUCCUCUCCUGCUACAAUGUUGCCACUUCUGCAGCCUCCCUCCAACGUACCGUGCGUGCGUAAAAUAGCCUAUUUGGUAUUCCUGCGUAGAGGGCAUGCGCUUUACAGAGAGGGGAGUGUGGACGGACGGGAGAAUAAAACUACUUUAACGGCGACUUUACACACCUUAGUAUAACUAUCAUAUCAGUUAUUCAAGUGUUAUCGAUGUAUCGUGCUAUUCAGGGCUGAGCCCGUAGCAGGUCCUAUUUGACGGCAGCGCGGAGGGGUUUGCUGUGUGACCGGGGCUGGCUGCUUGGCGGUGCUGUGGUUCUGAAUGGAGGAAGCGUCUUCCUGCUGGGGUAAACAGUGACAGCUAUAGGGCACACUUCCUGCGCUGCCCCCUAAAAACAACCCCAACAUGGAACCAGACAGUAAACUAGUCGCACAGCUCAAUUCUGAACUCUACUUCCUAAUCGCCCGCUUUCUACAGGCUGGACCGUGCCAGAACGCAGCGGAGACGUUGAUCCGUGAGGUGGAUGAGAAGGAGUUACUGCCCACACGACGGGACUGGACGGGGAAGGAGCACCCUGGGAGAUACGAGGAUUUGGUGAAGCUGUAUGGUCACAUCAGUCCGGACCACCUGCUGCAGGUGUGCCAGAGGGUGUGUCCUCUUCUGGAGAAGGAGGUUCCUGCCAGCGUCCCCGGGAUCCACAGUCUGCUGGGGACGGGGCGCCAGAACCUGCUACGCACCAAUAAGAGUUGUAAACAUGUGGUGUGGAAGGGUUCGGCCCUGGCAGCGCUGCACUGUGGUAGGCCCCCAGAGCCGCCAGUCAUCUACGGGAGCCCGCCCAGCAUUGUGGAGACGGGUCAUGGCCGUCGUCUGAUUGGUUUGUACCGGCUGGGUCAGCUCCUCCCCACAGCGGUCUACACACACAUGAAAAUGCACAAGAGGAUUCUGGGACAUCUGUCCUCUGUCUAUUGCGUCACCUUCGACCGAACUGGACGACGCAUCUUCACCGGUUCAGAUGACUGCCUGGUGAAGAUCUGGGGGACGGACGAGGGCCGUCUACUGGCCACACUGAGAGGACACGCUGCUGAGAUCUCUGACAUGGCCGUGAGCUAUGAGAACACCAUGCUAGCAGCAGGUAGCUGUGAUAAGACCAUCCGAGUGUGGUGUCUUCAGACCUGUGUUCCUCUAGCGGUCCUGGAGGGGCACUCUGCAUCUAUCACCUCUCUACAGUUUUCUCCUGUGGUCAGUGGUUCAAAGCGGUUCCUGUCCUCCACCGGAGCCGAUGGGACCAUCUGCUUCUGGCAGUGGGACGCACGCACUCUCAAGUUCGGUCAGGGGCCUGGUAAGUUCACGGAGCGGUCCAGACCUGGAGUCCAGAUGAUCUGCUCUUCCUUCAGCGCAGGGGGUAUGUUCCUAGCCACAGGAAGUACGGACCACAUCAUCAGAGUGUUCUACUUCGGCUCUGGACAACCAGAGAAGAUCUCUGAGCUGGAGUCCCACACUGACAAAGUGGACAGCAUCCAGUUCUCAAACUGUAGCGACAGGUUUGUGAGUGGCAGCAGGGAUGGUACAGCUCGUAUCUGGCAGCUCCAGCAGCAGGAGUGGAGGAGCGUUCUACUGGACAUGCAGACCAAGUUACCUGGGAAGUACAACCCCCCUCCCCUGGAAGACAAGGUGACCAAGCUUAAGGUUACCAUGGUAGCCUGGGAUCGCCACGACAACACAGUCAUCACCGCCGCCAACAACCUGACGCUUAAAGUCUGGAACUCCACCACCGGAAACCUCAUCCACAUACUGAUGGGUCAUGAGGACGAGGUGUUUGUCCUGGAGCCACACCCCUUUGAUCCCCGGAUCCUGUUCUCCGCCGGGCAUGAUGGGAACGCCAUCAUCUGGGACCUGGCCAGGGGGGUCAAGAUACGAUCCUAUUUCAACAUGAUUGAGGGCCAAGGCCAUGGGGCGGUGUUUGACUGUAAGUGUAGUCCUGAUGGACAGCACUUUGCUGCUAAGACUCACAUGGUACUCUCAUCUUGGCUCGGAUCCAGCAGCAAGUACGACAAGAUAGCGGACCAGAUGUUCUUCCAUACUGACUACCGGCCGUUGAUCCGGGAUGUUAAUAACUACGUGUUAGACGAACAGACCCAGCAGGCACCUCACCUCAUGCCCCCUCCCUUCCUGGUGGACGUAGACGGGAACCCCCACCCCCCUCCAUACCAACGCCUCGUACCCGGGAGGGAGAGCUGCAGAGACCAGCAGCUCAUACCACAGAUGGGAGUCACCUCAUCAGGUCUGAACCAGGUGGUCAGUGAACAGGCGUCUCCUCUAGACAACAUGGUUCACCGACUGCAGCAGGAGCAGGACCACAGACUGUCUACAGACACACAGAGCAGGGCUGACAGAGCUACACACAGACGAGGGUCGGUGGGCUCUCCCUCAGAGGUUCACUCCCCCCCUAACGUGGGUCUGCGUCGCAGCGGUCAGAUUGAGGGGGUGAGACAGAUGCACAGCAACGCCCCCCGGAGCCAAAUGGCCACAGAGACAGACCUGGUAGCAUGGAGCAGGAGGGUACUGGUCCCUGAGCUGGGGGACGCUGUGCUCAGGAGACAGCUGAACUGGAGGGAGGCUAAAGGAGAAGAGGAGAUCAGUGUCUACAGAUCAGAGAGGAGGCCACGCACUGUCCAGCUACACAGAGAGAGCAAGUUCCCCUCUCCAGAGUGUGUAGGGGCAGAGGAGGGGAGGAGUCAGGGUAACCAUGGCUACCAGACACGUGCAGCCGUUGAGGAGACAAGUCGUCAGAGCGCUGAGGUUGCCGAUGAUGACUAUGACAACGACAGCAUCUCCGAGGGAGAGGUAGAUGUAUCCCUAACCCUUGUGAAUGGGAACUCUUCAGAGGAGGAGAAGGAACCCUGGCCUGAAGACCACAGCAGCUCCAGGUAG